AUGGAAGACGAGAAGCAGCUGCCACCAGGCACCGUGCGCUUGAUCGAUGUCGACGGCAAUGUGUUGGCCAAACACGCCCGAGGUUCGCAGCAAGACGUUGUGUUACACCCUCGCCCAUCUGAAGAUCCGGAAGAUCCUCUCAACUGGACCUACAAACGAAAGAUGAUCGCGACUUCAUGUGUGUUGAUGUACACCCUCAUGAUCGCCAUCCCAUCUGGAAGCGUCUACUCAGUCGUCAAACCGAUCGAGAAGGCAACAGGCUUGGAACUCAACGAUCUCAACACAGGGACCGGCGUGAUGUUUCUCGCCUAUGGAUGGGCAUGCAUACCGUGGCAAGCGAUCGCUCUACAAUGGGGUAAAAGACCUGCGUAUCUCGUUUCUAUGGCUGCCUCCAUCGCCAUUAUGGGCACAGCACCACUUUGUACCAAACGCAGCACAUACCUGCUCAACAAGGUCUUGCAGGGAUGCUUUGGCGCUCCCGUCGAGGCGCUGUGUGAGAUUUCGAUCACUGAUAUAUGGUUCGCGCACGAAAGGCCGAAGUAUCUUGCUUGGUAUGGACUGGGCCUUUCCAUAACUGGGAAGCUCGCCCCGAUGCUUGCGGGGUUCAUCAAUGAUGGCCAAGACUGGCGAUGGGUAUUAUGGUGGACUGCAAUCUGGAUCGGCAUCGCCUUCGUCUACUGUUUCUUCCUGAUGGAGGAAACCAACUACGACCGCGUGACGUCCCCCAGACCAACCCAACCACCCUCCGGCAUAUCAACCCCCUCCGAACCCCCAGCCGACGCCCUCCCAGGCGAAAAAUCCAUCAAACAAACCACCACCGCAACCACCACCGACCUCGAAACCGGCCAAACCACCUACCCCUGUAAAACCUACCUCCAAAAACUCUCCUUGACCGGCGACAAAUGCCGCCCCAACCGCCUCCUCGAAAUCUCCCUCGCCCCCUUCAAAGGCUUCACAUACCCCGUCGUCGUCUACGCCGGCUUCAUGUACGGCGGCAACGCACUAGUCUGGUCCGGCGUCGUCAACGCCGUGUCAGGCACAGCGUACUCUGAGUUCUACGGCUUCUCCACGACUGCCAUUGCCGCGGCUUACUCUGGAGGUGUCCUCGGCGCCAUCAUCGGGUCGUAUUACUGCGGGAAGGCUGGGCGGGAGCUCACGAUAAGGCUUGCGAGACGGAAUGGAGGCAUCUCGGAGCCGGAACAUACGUUGUAUAUGUUUAUUGCGUCUAUGAUUCUGGUGCCUUUUAGCAUUCUGCUGUAUGGGCUGGGCGUGACGUAUCGGGUGCAUUGGUUUGCUCUGGUGUUUGCCCAGUCGACGCUGGCUAUCUCCAAUUCGCUGUGUGUGGCUGGGGCUUUGGGAUACGCCAUUUCGUCUUACCAUGCGCUGAGUGGGGAGUUGGUCACGACUUGUAUCUUGAUCAGGAAUACUCUGAGCUUUGCGGUCAAUUAUGGUAUCACUCCCUGGCUCAACGCCCUAGGCUACAGAGACACCUUCAUCAUGGUCGCCGUCAUCGGUUUCGUGUGGAACGCUUCGCUGUUCGUCAUGGUGCGGAUUGGGCCUUCGUUGAGGAAGAGCAGUGCAGCGAGGUAUUGGAGGGAUGUGGAGAAGGCAAGAGCAAAGGGAUUGAGUCAUUGA